AUGAUUCAAGUUGUGGCGCCGUCCGGCCCGUUGCAGGAGAUGCUGCUGCUGGAGCUGCAGGGCAAGGUGGCCAUCCCGCCGAAGCUCUUGGAAGAAGCCCGCGAGAAGCAGCAGCAGCAGCAGCAGCAGCAACCAGUUGGUGCCGUCAAGAGCUCCUGCAAUGCUGUUGCCGGCGAGGAGGUGGCGGCGGUGGAGGUACCACUCGGCCGCAUCGAGGGCGACUCGCGCAACGAGAAACGCUGCUCGCUGCGCAUCGGCACACUGAUGGUGGACGGAAGCCGUGGAAAGUUGAGAGAGCCGCUCCUCGUACUGAAGCAGCGCGAGCGGCAGCAAUCAGAACAACAGCAGGGUCAGGGCCAGGAACAUGGCGUGCAGAAGCGCCCCUCAUCGUCGCGGUGCUGUCUGCUGCAGGAGUGGCUCGACGAGCACCCGGAGGAGCUCACAUUGGGGGCCGCAUGCGCCGCCGCCGCUGAGGACAAGGCUGGACCGAUGAAAGUGUACGAGGUGGUGGGCGUUAUCGAGCGCUAUGUUCACCUAAACUCAAAGCCAAUGCGUACACUUUCGUGA